CUCCACAGCAGCCCUGCUCGGUCUCCCUCAGCCCCAAACCGCUCGCUGUAACACCGGGAAACACUCACGGUAAGGGGGGGUUCCGUUACCAUUUAAUGCCAAUUUAGUCGGUUUAUUACGAGCAAUGUGACGCUUUGUUUCUGCUGGAUUAUCACCUUUAAAUUCUAUCUAACAGUUAUAUUUAUAGUUUUUUUUAUCAUAUGCUGAGCUAUGCGUUCCGGAUACAGUCGCGUUUACCGGAGUGCGCGUGUGUCCGCAACAAACAGGGAUGUCGGGGGAAAUGCAGGAAUUGUUCAAGAAGAAUCCUGGAGAGGUUAAAAAAAACCUGUGGCGUCGGAGGAAGAGAGAGUCGAGGAGCCGAGGCGUGAAGAGGAAGGUUUCUCUGCGCCGAGACAAACCGGAUAUAAGAGCGGAGCGCGGCUGAGUUGGAAAUGGAAAGAAGAAGCAGAGGAAGAAAAAGAAGAGAAAAAUAUAUUAUCGCACAAACAGGGAACAUGUCCGAGAGACGCAGAAACGAGAGGAGGAUCCUCGGAGUGAGAGGACCACACACAAGACCCCUUCUGCCAGGAGAGAGGCAAGGAACAGAGAGGCAGACAGAGGGGAAGGAAAAGAAGACGUCUUGGAACCCCCCUCCUCCUCCCUCCUUCCCUCACACACAUAAACAGUCACACCUCCCCUUCCCACCCAUCAGCUAUUUUUUACACCCAACAAGUAUCCUAGCAUAACAAAAAAAGUUUUUUCCUUCCUCGUUGGAAAGAAGAAAAUCCCUCCAGAGAAACUCCAGUCCGAGAGCCUCCCAGUGCAGAAGAAGAAGAAAAUGGCAUCGAGGGCUCUGAAACUGGUGCCAUCCAAGGAGCUUUCUGGAAGCCGUUUCCGGCCAUCACAAUAUCAGCAAAUAAGAGGAAAACUUUCGGUCAGAUUGCAGGAGACCGUUGGAGAGACACCGUCACGUGACCCCCGGUACCAAAUGGUCUUCCGGCAGUGGCUCUCAACAAGGACCGGAGCACAAGACGCCACUUCUCUCAGAAAUGCAGAAGACAACAUAUUACGACAACUCCUCUGCACUUUUCGGUGGCUAUUCGUCAUACCAGGUGCAGGGGGCAGCAGCGGCAGCCGGCAACGGCUUUGGGGGCUACGAUGCACCGGUCCCAGUGUCCCACCACCAGCCGGCCUUCCAGUCAGCCCCCCAUCUGGACGUGGAUUCGUACCAACGCUCUGCCUGCUCUUUACAGUCACUGGGCAGCAACAGUGGCCACCAGCAGCAGCAGCUAGCCAAGACCAAGGAGCUGAAUGGCAGCUGCAUGCGACCCAGUUUGCCACCUGAGCACCACCCCGGCCCCCAGGUGUCCCCUCCACUGCCCCCCAACCCCAGCAGCAGUAAUACAGGGGCUCAGCAGCCAGGGGGCAGUACCGGGGCCUCCUCACUCUCUAAAUCGGGCCCCAAUAAGUCGUCUAAUUCUUCUUCCUCCACGUCAUCCUCAACGUCGUCCUCCUCUUCGCUGCCCCCCAACCCUACCAUGUCCAAACAGAUCUUUCCCUGGAUGAAAGAGUGUCGACAGGCGACCAAGCAGAAAAACGUUUCACCCAGCAACAACUCUGGCAACGUGUCAGGGGGAGCAGAGAGUGGCAGCAGUGGGGAGAAGAGUCCCACCAGCGGCUCUUCAGCCUCGUCUAAGCGGGCCCGUACAGCCUACACCAGUGCUCAGCUGGUGGAGCUGGAGAAGGAGUUCCACUUCAACCGGUACCUGUGCCGGCCGCGCCGCGUGGAGAUGGCCAACCUGCUGAACCUGUCCGAAAGGCAGAUCAAGAUCUGGUUCCAGAACCGACGCAUGAAAUACAAGAAGGAUCAGAAGUCCAAGGGCCUCAGCUCCAGUUCUGGAGGGCCCUCACCGGCUGGCUCCCCGCCCCUGACCAUGCAGUCCUCCGCCAGCUUCCUCAACUCCAUGCACCCUAUGGUAGGGGCCGGCUAUGACGUCCCGUCCCCGCCAUCCUUCGGCAAACCCCACCAGGGAGUGUCCUACUCCAUGUCCACUGCCUACUCCAACGUCCCCAUGAAGGGCUGCCCCCCCCAGCAUAAAUACGGUUCCCCAGACCCGGACUACGGCGACCCCCAUCCUCACCACGGCAUGGCCAGUAAUGCUGGCUACGGGACUCCCAACAACAUGCAGGCCAGUCCAGUGUACGUGGGGGGGGGCAGCUAUGUGGAACCCAUGCCUGGCUCGGGGCCCUCCAUGUACGGGCUAAACCACCUCGGCCCCACGCCACCCCACCACCAAACCAUGGACUACAAUGGUGCGGGGCCCAUGUCGGGCGCCAACGGGCACCACGUGGGCGGAGGGGGCCCUCCGGGCCCCUGCGACCCCCCCCCACACCAGACGUACACUGAGCUGUCGGCGCACCACACCUCGACUCAGGGCAGAAUCCAGGAAGCACCCAAGCUCACUCACCUGUAGCAGGUUUGCAACAACACGACAACGUAGGAGUAGUGAAGACAACAGACUAACAGACUAACAUGUGGGACCUGCUGCUGCACGGGGACAGCAGGGGGGACCAAAGAGACAGACAGGAACCAUCCAGUGGUUUGUCCUGUGCUCUACAACCUCAGAGAGCCCCCCCUGUUUACAAUGCCUGACCAGUAUUAGGGCUUUCACUGUAAAAACACAAAGGUAGUGCCCAUAAUAAGCAGCAGCGAGGGACACUGAAGUCACUGCAGUGUAGAGUUAGUGGAAUCAAUGGUCGUAGCUAAAACACUUUAUAUUUCAAACUGGGACCAACCUUACUAUUUGCUCCUGAAAGCUUACAUUUUCCCACAGGAAAUUAGGAAUGGUCUUAUGGAAGAGGAUUAGGGCCACAUUUAAAACAUUUUUGAGAUCUGAAUGUAUUACAUUGAGUGCUGAGAUUAAAGACAGGAAUCUGACUUUUCACAGAACUAAAAAUAAAACUCACUUUCGUUCAGAUAUCAAUUUUAUUUUCACAUGUGGCCCAUAUUGUCUUCCGUAUGUUCAAUAAUUAAUACAAUCAUUGUCAGAUUCGUAAUAUCCAUGAAUAAAAGCUGGUAACUUAAACAUUAAAACUACCUAAUAUGUAUUCUUCAUCCGGGAUUUUUACACGAGAAAUCUUGAAUUUUUUCCCCAUGUACGUGAUGCAUAUUGUAGACGUGGGAGACGAGUGUACAGUCAAUUGUCCCCCACGUCCCCAGGGGACAAUAGAUGUCAGGAAGCUCAUCUUGUGGCAGUGUUGCAGAGACAUAUCGGCAGCUGUACGGCACAGCAGGAUUUAUGGUGUCAGUAUUCGACUGAUAAUCUGCACAGUCAAUCAAAAGCUAAAUACUGAUUACUACAGGGGAACAGAAAAUAUAUAUAUUUGUCAGAAAAACCCCCAAAAUUCAAAUAUGAAGGAACAAUUUCUAAGUAUGAUGUGUUUGUGUGGGUGGAGCAAAUUGCCGCCCAGCUGGCCUGCUGUUAGAGCUUGGAGUAUGGGGUUUUAAAUGUGUACUAUGAUAAGGAAAUCUGCCCCCUAAGACACACACAUAUACAAACUCCAGGCUGCUAAAUGAAAUAGUUUUUAAUGGGCAGUUAACGAGGUGGUUAGAUUUAUGGCGCCGGGUUCUCUCCCCCUCUAGGCUACACAUGUUGUUGUCAGCCGGGCUGAGCUAUGUGAAGGCCCAGCCUUUCCAUCAGCCCCAGAGAGAGAGAGAGCACAAAUAUGUCUCCCUCGUUCCACAGAGCAUAAAAACCACUGGAUGUUCUCUCCCGCUCUCCGGCUCAUUCUCCUCCUGCUGUCCCCACCUCUGUCCGAUACACUACUAACACUUCUCUCCUGUCUGUGGCAGCAGCACAUGGCUUCUGAAGGAGGCUACACAUCCCACAAACCGCCACAGACCGACCCCCUGCCACACAAACACACACACACACACACACACACACACACACACACACACACACACACACAUCCAUCCCCACACAUGUACUCACCACUCCUCCCAUCGAUCUAACAGGGUUUAAGAAGCUCCACAAGGCUGAAGUUGCUCCCAUAGACACACAUCUGUGCUAAGCUACUUUAGCUAAUCACACACACACUCUCUCUCUCUCUCUCUCUCUCUCUCACACACACACACACACACACAGCAACGCUAAGCUAGCUUCCUUAAGUUGCCACACACCCACAGCCAGGUUACGCCAGCUGUUGACAUCUUUAAACAAACACAUGAGAGGACACAGAAGAGACAUUUUUAAUGUUCUUAUUUUAGCACAUCAUCGACACAGGGUAAAUAAUAAGAGUGGAGAACAAUAUUUAUUUAUGUUUGGCUACGUCAUUGUCCUCUCUCUGUCUCUCCAUCUCUUUCUCUCUAUCUUUCUCUUUUUAUCACCUUUUAUAUCGUUUUGUUUUGUUCUCGCAUAUCUUGACUUUUAACGUGGAUACAGGGUAUAUAUUUGAACAAAAAUGCAUGUCCCAGAAAUCUAAGCUGAUGUAUUUCACACAUUUAAAACAACUGGGUUUAUUUGUCAGUGGGGGCAGCGGGGAAGAACACACAUCACACAUGAAAAGUGUGUGUGUUCGACCCCUGUUUCACUCUUCUGGAAAUAAUCCCUCUGUUUGGUUUUAAAGUGAAGAUCUACACACAAGCUUUCCACAUCUGGGCAUCAUUGUUGCACUUAGAGUUUACAUUUUGAUGGUUAAAAGGUAAAAAAUAAUAAUAAUAAUAAAAUCUUAUUUUGAAGACGGAAGGCCCUCCAAUCAAAGCGUCUUUCGCCAAUGUGUGUUCGAGUGAACAUUCAGAUAUAAAUAUUUAUUUGUUAUAGCCAGUUGAAAAAGACUUUCUGUUUUGUAUUAUUAUUAUUUAUCCUUCAUGUAUUUAUAUCGAGAAAAAAUACUGUACUUUUUUAGUAUUUACCUGUUAUGAAAGAAAAAAAAAUGUUGUGUUUCUUCUUGUCCGAUGUACUGAAGUUACAUUUUUCAGUUCUUGUAUUUUAGAAGAAGAUAGGUAGUUUUUAUGUUCCUAAAAUGACCCUUGUACAUACAUGUCUUGGCUUGUACAGGGAGCAGGCUCGGUGGGGAUUGGUGACUCAUCUGAGCUUAGUCGAAAGAAUUUAGACAAACUAUUAGCUGGAAAAAAAGUCUUUUUGGAGAAAAACAACUUCUUUUUUGUCCUUUGUAGCUCCUUUUCUUUCAUUGUUGGGAGAGUUGUCUGUCGAACAAUUCUUUAAUAAAAUGUUACGUUAUUCAGA